UGAAGGGGGUUUGUGUCUCAGAGUGUAUAAAAGCCCUGUGCUGAGAGUCAAAGGGUAUAUUUAGACUUCAGCGAGCUGUUCUUCUGCAGACACACCUCCUCUGACUGACCACAGCCAGCAUGGCCGAAAGACGAAUUCCCUUCACCAUGCAGCGCACCCCUAGCUGGGACCCUUUCCAUGACCUGCACCACACCACCCGCAUCUUUGACCAGGGAUUUGGCCUCCCACCAGUGAUCGAAGACUUCCCCACAUUCCCCACCACCCACUGGCCCGGGUACAUGAGGCCGUCUUUUAUGGGCCCGGAUAUCAUGAUGCCCCAGAGCCACAUGAUGUACCACCCCAGCCAUAUGAUGGCCCACCAAGCCAGGGCCCUGUCCCGGCAAAUGAGCAGCGGGAUGUCUGAGAUCAAGCAGACACAGGACAACUGGAAGAUCUCCCUGGAUGUCCCCCAUUUCUCACCUGAGGAGCUGGUGGUGAAGACCAAGGAUGGUGUUUUGGAAAUUUCUGGCAAGCAUGAGGAGAGGAAGGAUGAGCAUGGUUUUGUGUCAAGAAGCUUCACCAGAAAAUACAGUCUGCCCCCUACUGCAAACAUCGAGAAGGUAACCUCCUCGCUUUCUCCUGAGGGUGUCCUGACUGUGGAGGCUCCAAUAAACAAACCAGCCAUUGAGUACUCCGAGACCACCAUUCCUGUAAAUGUGGAGAACUCAGGUGCUGUGGCCAAGAAAUAGAUAGAAGAGCAGGACUUGACGUCUCUCAACCCUCACGCCAUCAGCCCAUCGACACACACACAUACACACACUUUUGUAUAAGCGUUCUAAUUGUAAAUAUAAGUGGGGGGAUCUUACUAUUGCUCCCAAAUUGGGCUUUUGGAUUGCCCUUGCUCUUCUCUUUCAUCCGUCUACAGUAUUGCGCCGAGCACAUUGUGUGAACACAUCUGCGCCACUGCCAUAUGCCAGCUCUUUUUUGCUGUGAUUACACUCCUCUGAAUGACAGUAUAUUUUACUUGAAUUUCUUAAAUCUUCAAAUCCACUUAGUAGUGUCCCUUACCCAUAACACCUUGUCACUGGAUUGGAAAACAACUGCUUUUUAUCUUAAGCUGUGUUUGUUCUUUUUUUUAAGCCACUAAAGCACAAAAUAAAGAAAGCAAAAAGUGAAACCAA